CGUCCUAGCGUGAUGCCACGUCCAUCUGCCCGCUGGGACAUCGCAUCAUCGCCGGUCAGGACUCAUGUAGAGGAACACCACCUCCUCUACAUUUGGUGACCCGGACAACGGACACCAUGUUCGGCGUAAUUCGGCCAUGCAACACCCUAAAUUUUUCGGCAAACCAGCAGGCAAGGCGCACCGGGACCGCUGUUCCACCGGGGACCCACAGGAAGACCACAGUAAGCUGACUUUCCGGCCUCCACCUGCUUCAUGAUGGACCUCUCUCGCACUUAUCUGGCGGCAACCGGCAUUCACGCUGUCGUACCAGUCGCGGUACUGUCGCCCACUCAGCAACACACUCACCCAGCAACAAUCAGCACUCAGCAACUCAAUCACUCAGCAAGAAUCAACGCUCGACAGCAAUCACUCAACAAGCACUCAGCUCACUCAACAAGGGCUCAACGCACUCAGCAGGGACUCAGCACAAUCAGCGACAACUCAAGCAUCCAAGCACUCAACAUACACAUCUCAUCACUGGAACCCGCACGGAUCGCAGCGCUCUUGUUCCCGCCAUCCCGCUGCUGCUACAUCUACAGGCACAGUCAGUCACAGCCAUGUGUCGAGUCGUCCUCCAUCCACGAGUCGUCCUCAUUCUCCUCUUCAUGGUGUCGACGCGGUCCUCAACCGCAUGCACCGCUCCGCGUCUGAGGGGGGGAGUGAUGUGGCGGCCCGUGGACGACGAUGAAGACGUGCCUCUGCUGGCGCGCGCCACUGCGCCUACCAGCCAGUUCUACCAGCACCGUCCUAGCUUGAGGCCACGUCCAUCUGCCAGCUGGGACAUUCCACCAUCGCUGGUCAGAACUCAUGUAUGGGAACACCACCUCCUCUACAAUUCCAUUCAGCCUCAUGUUCCAUUUCCGAAGAUAUCGGCAACUAGCGGAUCUCUCGCCCCUCAGCUGUUUCGCGAACGCAUGGAGGCGUUGGUCUCCUAUAUGGAGACCAACCGCCAAUUAGCCAACCCUGCGGGCGACCUGAGGGGCAAUCCACUAGGUGGUAGCCGCGACGCACAGUGGCGGAUGCUGGCUGAGGUCCUCAACCGAGGCCAGCAGUAUUAGCGCACUGCCGCUCAGUGGCGCACCACAUGGCUUAAUAAGCGGCGAGCCAUCAAGCGAAAAUACAACGACUGGAAGGCGUCCUGCACAAGGACGGGGAACAGGACGUUUGAAGACGCCGUGGGGGAGUUUACGGACAUUGACGCUCGGGUCCUGCAGCUGCUUGGAGCAUGUCGUGUUGACCACUUCUCGUCCAACCGGCUCCUGUCGAGUGGUGUUGGUCCGAGCACUUCACCGCGCGACCAGCCGCUCGAAGGGAGUGGAGGAGAAGGUGGUAUGGAGGGCGAUGCUGCGGGCAACGCCGGCAACGACAACAGCAGCUCAGGAUCCAGCGACUGGUUCACCCCUGCGGCUGCACCUCCCCGUCAGGUGCAGACUGUGACGCCACCCAGCUGGACGUCUCCGCCACGCCUCGUGACACGCCGGGAGCAAGAGGACGCCACUCUGGAUCAGCUGGUGGCGGGAGCGGCCGAACAUAGGGCCAUCAUGAGCUCGGCCGUCGACCGCCUGGACCUCGUCGUGGAGUAUGUCCAGGCCAUCAGGACCGCCGUCGACACCAGCAACCAGCCCGUCGUCGACGCAAUAAACAACCUUGCUGCCGCCAUUAACGACCUUGCACGGCAGCAACAGUCACACGAACGGGCGAUGGAACAGACGCGGGCAAUGGUGGAGCGGGUCCUCCUCGUUAUGUUGGCUCGUGCCCAAGCUCCAGCGCCAUGAGGAUCCUCGCCACCCGGCUGUAAAUAUUGUACAAAUUGUAUAUAGUGUGCAUAUUAAUUUGUGUAAUGCUUGGUUUUGCUUUCGUAUGUUUUUUUUUUUGUGUGCUUUCUUUGUGGUCUUGUGAUUUCUUGCUCUCUUUUUGUCUCUCUUUCUUUGUGAUUUUUGUGUGGUUCUUGGUUUUUGUUUUGAGUGUUUUCGUGUGUUUUCUUUGUGGUCUUUUGGUUUUUGUGUGGUUCUUGGUUUUUGUUUUUGAGUGUUUUCGUGUGUUUUCUUUGUGGUCUUUUUGAUUUUUGUGUGGUUCUUGGUUUUUGCUUUUGAGUGUUUCGUGUGUUUUCUUUGUGGUCUUUUCAUUUUUUUGUGGUUCUUGGUUUUU